AUGGCAUCAUUUGCUCGAACUAUACAUGGUGGAUCAACACCAACACGUGAAUUGAUUAAAAAUAUUGAUUUAUAUCGUCAAUCAUCAAUUUAUGUUUCAUCCACAUCAUUUCCCGCAUCAGGAAAAGAAUAUGUCAGUCGAGUAUUUUCUUCACCACGUGAAAUUACGUUUAAUUAUCGAAACGGUUUACAUAAUAUAAAAUUACAUCAAGAAAUUACAUCAUCACCAUCUAGUUUCUUUCAGAAAUGGCCAAAUUCAUCUGAAUCUAUUUUUUUAUUUUACAAGACUUUGUUUUUUGAUAAUUUACGAUUCAGUGCCGAUGAUUUUACAAUAAUUCGGCGUUCUAAUGAUUCGUGUAUCUUGUAUAAAACAAAAAAGAAUUCUUAUUCAAUUGGUUUUAUAUCAUAUAUCAUUCGUAUUAUUGAUAGAGAUGAGAUCUGUCUAGUUCUAAACAAAGUUAGAAUUACUUCAACGGCUGACACUCUUGACAUCAGUGGAAGAAAUUUUAUGUGCAAAAAUAUUUUACAAGGUAGUGUAUUAUCUGAUUCUAUAGUUAUUAUUCAACCAUCUCAAAUUUCAAAAAAAGUUGCUUUUUGA